AUGGCAACCAACAAAGAACGUAUUGAAAAUCUCGAAGCUGCAGUUGGACAGCUACAAGGUUCUGUUAGCCAAAUGGAUCAUGGGAUUAAUAGCGAUGACCCAACUGAGUGGAUGACUAGAGUGGAGCAGUUCUUCGAUUACCAAAAAAUAGAUACCUCUGAAAAGGUGUAUUUGGCUUCUUACCACCUCCAGGGUGAAGCAAAUCAAUGGUGGAGAUGGCUCAAGCGUUCAUACGAAGAAGAAGGCAAGGGAGUAUCUUGGGACACAUUUGUCGAAGAAUUAUGGUCCCGUUUUGGACCAACCGAAUGCGAAGACUUUGAUGAGUCCCUUUCCAAAAUUCGACAAACGGGCCCUCUACGAGACUAUCAAUGGGAAUUUGAACGGCUGGGGAACAAAGUGAAGGGGUGGACCCAGAAAGCCCUAGUGGGAACCUUUAUGGGCGGCCUUAAAACAGAGAUAUCAGAUGGAAUUAGAAUGUUCACACCCAAGACGCUCAAGGAAGCCAUUAAUUAUGCUCGAAUGCGGGAUGAACAACUCCAAAGGCAGAAGAAAGCCAUUCGAAUAUUUACCCCACCCAACUUGCUAUCACCAACAAAGGAAAAGACUGCAACUCCGGUAAAACGCCUUUCAUGGGAAGAGAUGCAAAAACGCAGGGCUGCUGGGCUUUGUUUCAACUGUGAUGCAAAAUUCACUCCUGGGCAUAGGUGUGCCAAACCUCAAUUGCUUUUGUUAGAUGGCGGCACUGAGGAUGAGGAUGAAGAUGAGCCGGAAAUAUCCCUCCAUGCUCUUACCGGGUGGUCUAACUCACAAACCAUGAGAGUUCUGGUCAAAAUCGGAUCCACAGAGAUGAUUGUCCUCAUUGAUAGUGGCUCAACUCACAACUUCAUCAAUGGCAAGAUGGCAAAAUCCCUCAGAUUACCGGCAACGGCUGUUAAGCCAAAUAAGGUGAAAGUCGCCAAUGGGGGACACUUACAGUGCAGUGGAAAGUUUGAGGAUAUGAAUCUCCUGGUUCAAGGAAUUAACAGCCAACUCAUUCAACCAUAUUCCACCAAGAAGAUGGAGAAAGAGUUAAGACAUGGGGGAUCUAUAUUUGCAAUUUGCUUCCAAAUGCAACAAGAAGUACUUCCAAACGGAAUUCAUCCAAAUAUGCAACAAUUACUCCAGCAGUAUUCUGAUAUUUAUCAACAUCCGACUGAGCUGCCUCCGAAUAGGGAAAUUAAUCAUCGCAUCCUAUUAAAGGAAGGGACAGAUCCUGUUAACGUUCGUCCCUACAGGUACGCAUAUUUUCAAAAAGCCGAAAUUGAAAAGCAAGUUCAUGACAUGUUAAAAUUGGGGCUUAUUCGAACUAGCACAAGUCCUUUUUCUUCUCCUGCUUUACUUGUUAAGAAAAAAGACGGAUCUUGGCGAUUCUGUACAGAUUAUAGAGCCCUAAAUGCUGUAACUGUUAGGGACAGAUUUUCGAUUCCCAUUGUUGACGAUAUGAUAGAUGAAUUACAUGGGACAACCUACUUCACUAAACUUGACCUUAGGGAGGGAUUUCAUUAA